AUGUCUUCUGCAGACUCUGUUGAUCACAAUUCCAAGUGGGAGGAACGUGUAUGCUUAAAUAGUGAAAGAAAGUUUUACAAACCUAAAGUCAAUGGAUCCAUUAGACCUUCUGUUGGAAUGUUUUUUAAAUCAUUUGAUGAGGCUUUUGCGUUUUAUCAGAGAUAUGCACUUGCUGCAGGUUUUUCUGUAAGAAAAAAUACUUCUUGGAAAAAUGGUGGUUUAGUGAAAAUAAGAUAUAUUGUCUGCUCAAAAGAAGGAUUUCAUGUUAGCAAAGCAAUAGAUUAUGGUUCAGUUGAUGAAAAUAGUAAAAAGAUUAUUAGACGUAAUAGAGGUUCAAAAAGAGUUGGAUGCAAUGCUCAUAUGAAAUUAUUAUUAGAGAACAAUAAUUUGCUUAAAAUCUACUACUUUGAAGAAGAACAUAAUCAUAUUUUUGUUGAAGAUGAAGAUAUUCAUUUCUUGCCUACUGCCAGAAGUAUUGAUUAUGUUAAAGAAAGUUUUAUAUCUGGAUUGUCUGCAAUCAAUAUUGGACCUGUUAAAGCAUUCAAUAUUAUGAAAACAAUGUAUGGUGGUUUUGGUGAAGUUGGUGCUAGUAAAGUUGAUUGUAAGAACUAUAGAAGGGAUUUGAAUCUUUACAUAGGAGAGUAUGAUGCAGAAAUGGUAGUUAGGCGUCUUAUUAGGAAGAAAGAAUGUUCUCCUGGUUUCACAUGUGAUUAUGUUAUUGGUCAAGAUAGAAGAUUGAAAGGACUGUUCUGGGCUGAUGAGCAAUCAAAAACAAAUUAUACAGUAUUUGGUGACGUAGUAGGUUUUGAUGCUACUUAUAAAUCAAACAAAUAUGAUUUGGUUUUUGUACCAUUUACUGGGAUUGAUAAUCAUUUUAGGAAUGUCACAUUUGGUGGUGCAUUACUUGGUUCUGAGACUGUAGAUUCUUAUCGAUGGCUUUUAAGGUGCUUUGUUAAUGCUUUUGGAAAUGAGCCUAAAGUUGUUGUUACAGAUCAAGAUGCUGCAAUGAAGAGAACUAUUAAGGAUGUACUUUCAAGAAGUAGGCAUAGGUUAUGUAUGUGGCAUAUAUGGGAGAAAUUGAAGACAAAGGUUGGUCCUGUUUUGUCAUCCAACAUUGAGUUUAAUACAAGAAUGACUCGUGUUGUUUGGAAUGAUACUAUUAUUCCAGAAGAUUUUGAAACUGAGUGGCAUUCAAUAAUGUCUACUUUUGAAUUAUGUGAAAGCGAGAAUUACUUCUUUAGUCAGUUUUGUAAUCCAAGAUGUACACUUGUUGAAUUUUUCACUCAUUUUGAGACUGCAAUGGAUUUUCAAAGGCAUGAGCAUAGGAGGAAUGAACAUGAUACAAGCAAACAAGAAGAUGGUUUAAGUAUAAGUUGUACUUGCAAACGGUUUGAAUAUGAUGAUAUAACUGAGUUUCCUAGAAGAUAUGUUCUUAGAAGAUGGAUGAUAGAUGUUGUUUCGAAUGGCUCAAUUCAUUGCAAUAUUCGGUUUGAUGAAAUUGGUAGAAAUAGUGAAAUUGAUAAAGUUUUUAGAGAAAUCGUUGUAACAAAUGAAUAUGUGGGUAAUUGGUUGGUUGGGGAUUUAGAUGAGCUGUGUCGUUAUAGAGAUCAUAUUAAAGGUUAUAUUGAUAAAGAGGAUGAGGUUAUGGUUGCUGCGCCGCCUCCUUGUCGCAAAGAUAGGUUUGCUGAUAUUGGAGGGAACUUAGAAAAGUCUGAUUCUAUGAUUCGUGUCCCGAUCAAAAUAAGGACAAAAGGAUGCGGUGUACAAAAAAGGAUUAAGUCUAAUCGUGAGAUUGCAAUUCAGAAAUCAUCAAAGAUCCAGAAAUCGUGCCGUGUAUGUGGUGGAAAAGGACAUAACAGUCGCACAUGUAAAGAGAAGGUUUCUUCCAAUGCUAUGGGUUCUAGCAAUACAAUGUAA